GAGUGGAGCUCACAUGAAGGGAAGCGUCAGACGUGGACAUUGCAGAGGCAGUUGUGAGUCGGUGCACUUCAGCAACACACCCCUGGCGGCUCCCACAACCACGCUGACUUACCGGACUGCACACCACAACCUCACAACUGUGGAUGUGAUCAGCAGAGUCCUUGACCAGGUACAAGUCCAUGGACCUGGGCGUCUCCCAGAGUCAUCCAGGCCCAGACUGGGCGAUGCUAGCCCCACAUUGCCCUUUGUCACUGGGACCCUUUGCCUCGCAACACUGCUCCCAGUUCUCCCUGCAAGGCUUCCAGUACGCAGAACACAUGCAAGGAGAGAUGGACGAAGAGCUGAAUCAUCUAAUAAGAAAGAGUAAAAAUAAACAGAGUGCCGUGUCCAGUCCCCUGGUCCGGCAGAAACUGCGGGAGCACAUAAUCAUGAAGAAGCAGCCCGCUCAUCACAAACACAGCAGUCCUACGCCCGGACACACGCACCCGCUUGUAGAGACGCCUCAGUCGUCACCCGCCGACACCCAGCGGAAGGAACUGCGGAGAACAGUCUCUGAGCCAACGUUGAAGUGGAAGUUAAAGAAGCUCAUCAGCACCAGGCCAAAUCCCCUGCAGAGAAAGAUUAGCGCCCCUCCUGCUGUCAAGCACAAGACAGAAACUCAGGAAUCUUCUCCCAGCAGCACUCCAGCGUCAGACUGGAGCUCUCCCAACGACAGCCUGCAGUCAGACGAUGGAGUCCUGUCCCUGGCUCAUGAGGCACAGAGACUUCUGCUGAAGGAUGGUAGAUUGGCCCACUUCACCUUGCCUACUACCCCCACCGCCAUGCCCAACAUCACUGCGGGACUACCUGCACAGGCUGACCCACGGCUAUCCAGGACUUUGGCGACAUCCGCUCUGCCUCAAGUCUACUUACCUCUUCAUGGAAGUUUUCCAGCGCAGACUCACGGUCUGCAGCCCGUGCUCAUUGUGGAGCCUCAUACUGGACUGGUACACUCCCAGUUCAUCUCCUAUCAGGGUUUGAGUCCGCCUCUGCAGCAGCGACCUCACUUGGCCUCCCUGAAGAGAACCUUUCCCUCCCACAAGCCCUUGGGGCGAACCCGCUCAGAACCUCCUCCCUACAGCACCUCGCACCUUCCUUCGCACGUCGGCCAUCCUGUUCACGGCCAGAACCAGCCGUGCCACAAGAGUGGGCCGGAUCGCUUCAAGCCAAACUCCCACCUGAGCAAGAUCCCGUCAGAGGACAUGGACCUGGAGGAGAUCGGGUCAGAGUGUGGCUCCGAGGUGGGCUCCGUUUGUGAGGACAACUACCGAAGGAGGCGGAGCACCACCAGUGUGGACUCAGUGUACGACACCGAGUCCACCACCUCGUCCCGGGAGAGCUUGAUUGAGACGUCGCAUCCUGUGGGCCAGAGGCAGGUGGCCCACAGACCAGGACUCCACAUGGACUCCCCUAAUGUUCCUGUCCUGAUGUGGUCUCACCAGCCCCUGGUCCGGACCCAGUCCUCCCCCGCCUCCACCUCCCUGCCUGUGCCCGUGUCUUUGUCCUCGUCCAGUCCUGCUGCAGAGGUCCAGCUGCGCUUCACCACUGGUCUGGUUUACGACGCUCAGAUGCAGAAGCACCAGUGCACCUGUGGGGACCACAGCUAUCAUCCAGAGCAUCCUGGCAGAGUCCACAGCAUUUGGUCCCGACUGCAUGAAAGGGGACUGCGCAGCCAGUGUGAGCACAUUGGCUGUAGGAAGGCCUCUCUGGAAGAGCUCCAGUCGGUCCAUUCAGAAAAACAUGUGCUUCGUUACGGCACCAACCCUCUUCACCGCCUCAAGCUGGACAACCCAAAGUUGGCUCGAAUCUUGGCUCAAAGAAUCUUUGUGAUGUUACCAUGUGGAGGAGUGGGGGUGGACAAUGAUACCAUCUGGAACGAGCUUCACACGGCGGCCGCUUCUCGUAUGGCUGCAGGCUGCGUCAUCCAGCUGGCGCUGAAGGUGGCAAAAGGAGAGCUGAAGAACGGCUUCGCAGUGGUGAGGCCGCCUGGUCACCAUGCAACGCACUCCUCUCCUCUGGGCUUCUGUUUCUUCAACUCUGUCGCCAUCGCUGCCAAGCAACUGCAGCAAAAACUCAGUGUGGGCAAGAUCCUCAUCGUGGACUGGGAUGUCCACCACGGGAAUGGCACCCAGGAAGCCUUCUACAACGACCCGAGUGUCCUGUACAUCUCCAUACAUCGCUACGAUAACGGCAACUUCUUCCCCGGAGGUGGACAUCCAAAUGAGGUUGGUGCGGGGGCAGGCGAGGGUUUCAAUGUGAACGUUGGCUGGACCAGCAGUCUGAGUCCUUCCAUGGGCGAUGCUGAGUACUUGGCAGCAUUUAGAGCCGUGGUGAUGCCCAUCGCCCACGAGUUCUCCCCCGACGUGGUGCUGGUGUCAGCGGGCUUCGAUGCGGUGGAAGGUCACUCGCCGUCCCUGGGGGGCUACACGGUCACAGCAAAGUGUUUCGGCUUCCUGACCCGACAGCUGAUGUCCCUGGCCGGGGGUCGGCUGGUUCUGGCUCUGGAGGGAGGACACGACCUGAAGGCCAUCUGUGACGCCUCUGAAGCCUGCGUCAGCGCCUUGUUGGGACUGGAGGUGGAGCCUCUGGCCCAGUCCGUGUUGGACAAGAAGCCCAGUGACAACGCCGUGCAGUCCCUGCUGAGCGUCAUCCAGGUUCAAGGUGAGUACUGGCAGAGUGUGAAGGACUCUGCAUCCACAGUGCAGCUGUCCUACCUGCAGGCUCAGAGGUCGUGGCUGAGACGAGACUCGGACAGCGAAGCGGUGGACGCCAUGGCAACCUUGUCCAUGGCCUCUAACCUUCAGGCUCCAUGUCGCUCAGGAUCCACCUUCAGCGUCUCUUCCCGCUCAUGACCGAGGACCUCCUUCCUGUUCCAAGUCAUUCCAGGUCUAAAUGUUCCUCACACCACCUGCUGUAGUCUUGCAGGCCGGGUCAAAGAUCGUCCCUGAUGAUGUCACUGCCACCAAGCACAAUCUACCUUUUGCACCCAACACCUUUUUUCUUCUGGUGGACGUCCAGCAUCAGAUCAACGUCUGCUCUGACACAGGAAGCACCAAGAUGGAGGAUUGGUGUCCAUGUUCCUUGGAUUUGAGGACAAGCAUUCCUUUUGUACUUCUUCUUAAAGGGGAACUGCACUCUUUGAACUUUGUACACAUUCAUCAAGUAAGACAAGAACACACCUUAAUGCUCUCCAACAUGCUAAGUCUGCUUACAAUUCUGCCUAUAAACCCUUAAAAAUACAUGAUGUAAAUAUAUAUGUCAUGUAGUAACAUUUAUAAUAACAUGUAAUAUAUACAUGAUGUAAGUAUAUAUGUCAUGUAGUAACAUUUAUAAUAACAUGUAAUAUAUACAUGAUGUAAAUAUAUAUGUUAUGUAGUAACAUUCAUAAUAACAUGUAAUAUAUGAUGUAAGUAUAUAUGUCAUGUAGUAGCAUUCAUAAUAACAUGUAAUAUAUACAUGAUGUAAGUAUAUAUGUCAUGUAGUAUCAUUCAUAAUAACAUGUAAUAUAUACAUGAUGUAAGAUAUAUGUCAUGUAGUAACAUUCAUAAUAACAUGUAAUAUAUACAUGAUGUAAGUACAGUAUAUAUGUCAUGUAGUAACAUUCAUAAUAACAUGUAAUAUAUACAUGAUGUAAAUAUAUAUGUCAUGUAGUAACAUUCAUAAUAACAUGUAAUAUAUUCAUGAUGUAAGUAUAUAUGUUAUGUAGUAACAUUCAUAAUAACAUGUAAUAUAUACAUUAUGUAAGUAUAUACACUACCGUUCAAAAGUUUGGGGUCACCCAAACAAUUUUGUGGAAUAGCCUUCAUUUCUAAGAACAAGAAUAGACUGUCGAGUUUCAGAUGAAAGUUCUCUUUUUCUGGCCAUUUUGAGCGUUUAAUUGACCCCACAAAUGUGAUGCUCCAGAAACUCAAUCUGCUCAAAGGAAGGUCAGUUUUGUAGCUUCUGUAAUGAGCUAAACUGUUUUCAGAUGUGUGAACAUGAUUGCACAAGGGUUUUCUAAACAUCAAUUAGCCUUCUGAGCCAAUGAGCAAACACAUUGUACCAUUAGAACACUGGAGUGAUAGUUGCUGGAAAUGGGCCUCUAUACACCUAUGUAGAUAUUGCACCAAAAACCAGACAUUUGCAGCUACAAUAGUCAUUUACCACAUUAGCAAUGUAUAGAGUGUAUUUCUUUAAAGUUAAGACUAGUUUAAAGUUAUCUUCAUUGAAAAGUACAGUGCUUUAUCUUCAAAAAUAAGGACAUUUCAAUGUGACCCCAAACUUUUGAACGGUAGUGUAUGUCAUGUAGUAACAUUUAUAAUAACAUGCAAUAUGUACAUGAUGUAAAUAUGUAUGUCAUGUAGUAACAUUCAUAAUAACAUGUAAUAUAUACAUGAUGUAAGUAUAUAUGUCAUGUAGUAAUAUUCAUAAUAACAUGUAAUAUAUACAUGAUGUAAGUAUAUAUGUCAUGUAGUAACAUUCAUAAUAACAUGUAAUAUAUACAUGAUGUAAGUAUAUAUGUCAUGUAGUAACAUUCAUAAUAACAUGUAAUAUAUACAUGAUGUAAGUAUAUAUGUCAUGUAGUAACAUUUUUAAUAACAUGUAAUAUAUACAUGAUGUAAAUAUAUAUGUCAUGUAGUAACAUUCAUAAUAACAUGUAAUAUAUACAUGAUGUAAGUAUAUAUGUCAUGUAGUAAUAUUCAUAAUAACAUGUAAUAUAUACAUGAAGUAAGUAUAUAUGUCAUGUAGUAACAUUCAU